AUUACUGAUUUCGAUGUGUUUCUUUAUUCCUACAUUCAAAUCAAAGUCACAUUCAAUCUACAAUAAAGAAAGCGAAGCUUCACUUCAAGCUAGUCUUUGGGGGAAAUAUUGACGAAACAUUUGAUCAGCUUGAGAGUUACAGGACACGGACACUUCAUUUGCUUCAACUAGCAUUCUGGAUAGACAUACAGAGUUGUCCUUGAGUGAUGUUCAGUCAAGAAAAAAAUAUAAUGAGGACUCAUGUUGUUGCUUUGGCCUUCGAUGGUGAAGAGGUUUGGCUGAAUUCUACAAGUUUUGAAUCUUUUAACACUAUGGUUUUGCAUCCAAAUCAGAUUGAGCUGAUAUCUGAUGAUCAAAAUGGAAAUAUUCUUGUAUGGGACUUGAUUAGGCUUAUUGAUAAGUUUCAACUGGAUAAGAAUGCGGUGAUAGUGUUCAGGUGGUAUCCAGUUUGCCACAACCCAGUUGCCACUUUUGGAACUGAUGAAUCACAACUGCCCGAUCUAUCUGCUCGGGUAUUAACCAACACAGAUACACAUGCCCUAAUAGUGAACCUGACACCCGAGACUAAAACACCCAUAGUUGAAGGAAUUGCACUGGAAUUAUAA